AUCCGUUACUGAUCUACCUGUUGCAGCCUCUCUUGUUUUGACCAGAGGAGAAAGAUUGAGCUGGAGAGAGGACAGUCGACUGGAAGGAGAAGGAGGAAUGUGUUGAAGAGUGGUACUCAAUAAAAGGAUUAAGUGGUAACAUGCGAAGAGAGCGGCAGAAACUUGUGCUAGACGAGAGAUUCGCCGUGAGGGAACUGAUGUCUUUGGAUUAAAGAUGAGCCGGGCGCCUUUGGCGUCCUGUCGAUGAGAAGACCAUGCACCAGAAAUCCAUCUCUUCUUCCCGCUGAGGUACGAGCUGAUUUAAUACGUGGAGGAGGCACAGCUGCACACACAAAUGAAGCAUGCACAUCUACAUGACUGACACUCAGUCCUCAGCUGAGCUUUCAGGAUCUGUGUUGCUCCUUUCAGCCAUUUCUCAAAUCCAUCCAACUACACAAGCGUUGCGGUAGACGCUACACAUGAUGACUGCUCCUCGUGACUUUACAAGCAUGUAUUUGCAGGACCAAGCAGGCAGCGCCACCACCUCUCCUGCACAGCAGUCAGUAGAAGUGUCAAACUUCCCUUCCCUUGAGCACUGGUCAUCAUCAUCUUUUCCGCCCGGACAGGAAGUAUUAAGCGUAUCGUCUCUGGUCCCCUCUACGGUGCUCACACUGGUGCCCCACUAUGUACCUACCACUAAAGGAAACAUCUACCCAGAGCUUCCAUGUUUUCUUGAUCUUCCACCAGAGCCUCAGCCUCUUGAGAUUUCAUCUCCUCCCUCUGCAUCUUUAGAGGCCCAAGAUCAAAAAACCCUGACGUCAUCUCUUCCUUGUAGUGAUAAUCAUGAGGAAGCUCAGCAGAGGAAGCCGUCAGAUGGAGGCCCACUGGAGGAAGGAUCAGUUGGUCUCAUGUUACCCAAAGAUGCCAGUAAUGAAGAGCCAGAGACUCAAGCCUGCACAACUCGUGAACUGCUGCUAAUUGUGGGAAUACCAGUCCUCGUUCAACUGAUCAUCAUUUCAGCUCUCCUAGUCAAGUUCCUGGGUUUCCCCGCUAAGUUAAGUGAAUCACCUAUUUCCUGUGAUGAGAAAGUGAGCUGCAUUGUCCCAAGUCAAAGGCCUCCUGUGCCUGAGAAUCCAGUGAACCAGAUAGGUAACGUUACUGCAGAAUGUCAAGUUCAGGUCAAAGACGGACAGCGCAUUGUUGGAGGGAGCGCAGCGGCGAAGGAGGCUUGGGGCUGGCAAGUUAGCAUGCAGUGGAGGGGGAAACACGUGUGUGGCGGGUCCAUCAUCGCUCCUCACUGGGUCAUCACAGCAGCUCACUGCUUUGCAGAGAACAAAAUGUCUGAAGCAGCAGACUGGCUGGUGGUGGUGGGCAGCGUCAACAUCGCACAGGAGUCUGUGGGGAAACGUUACAGAGCACUGCAGGUUCUCUACCACCCCAGCUUCAGCAACCUGAAAAAUGACUAUGACGUGGGCCUGCUGCGCACCAUCACGGACAUGGACAUGACAGGUGGGGUGCGACCUGUCUGUUUACCCGGUCCAAGCGAGUCCUUUGUUUCAGGAGCUCCCUGCUGGAUCACAGGCUGGGGAUAUAUUGAGGAAGGAGGGAGUGUGUCAGAUGAGCUGAGGCAGGCUCAGGUGCAAGUAAUACCUCAAUCCACCUGCUCCAGCAUGACCGUCUAUGGCUCCACCAUAACUCCCCGGAUGAUUUGUGCUGGCAGCAUGAUAGGAGGGGUGGAUUCCUGCCAGGGAGACAGCGGUGGGCCCCUGGUGUGUCAGACACUUAAUGGAAACUGGAGGCUGGCAGGAGUGGUGAGCUGGGGAGAGGGCUGCGCAAGGCCCAACAAACCAGGCGUCUACAGCAGAGUAACUGAACUGCUCCCCUGGGUUAAAAGCCACACUCAGGACAAACCCUAACUGGAAGAGACCACAACAACAAUGACUGACAGCAAACACCUGAGAAAACUGACAAUAAAGAAUGACCAGAAACUGUC